CACAAUAAAAUAUGGCGGCAGCAGAGUAGCAAGCGAUUUUGACAAGAGCAGUUUCGUCUGUUUGUGAUAAUUUAUUUUAAAAAAUCAGUGUUAUGUAAUGAAAGUGGUGAUUUUGUUAAUUGUGUUUCCGUAUAAACAAUGACUGGAACAAUUUAUGCGUGUUACUGUAAAUAUAGUUUAGUAAUAUUCGCAACAGUGGCUUCUUUUUUGACAUACACACAAGGUCAUUUUUUGGAAUUUACUGUGGAACCGACCGACACAGUGGUAGAGGGGGGACAGUCGGCCGUUUUAGAUUGCGUCGUAAGGGCUUCCCAUCCAUCAAGCGUGUUGAUUCAAUGGCUGGAUCAAGACCUUCAAAAGCUCACUUUCUUAGGUGAUCUUUAUAGGUCUCAACUUACCAACGGUUCUCUAUAUAUAAAUAGUGUGUUAGAAGAACAAAGACUUACAGGAACCUACCAAUGUAUGGCCACGUUGCCGAGUAUGGGCUCCAUCGUGAGCAGAACCGCCAAGUUGAACGUAGCCAGUAUAUCGGGCUUUGUCGAAGAGCCUCGCGAUAUCAGUGUUUACGUAGGACAAAAGGCCCAUUUCGCUUGUCAUGUAGUGUCAUCGCCGCCAGCCAGAAUUCGAUGGUUGAAAGAUGAAAGACCUCUACUUAUAGACGAAUUAAGGAUGACUAUUCUUCCAUCUGGAGCUUUAGAAAUCGAUGAAGUGAUAGAGUCCGAUCAGGGCUUAUACAGGUGUAACGCGUCUGGUUUAAAUGUGUACAAAUUAAGCAAUAAAGCUACACUGUUAGUAAACGGGGACCAUGAACAAGCGGAUCAUGCUUCAUCCCCGACUUUUAUAGCUACGCCAAAACCAUCUGUGGUCAUAGAAGGCCAAAAUAUUUCACUAGACUGUGCAGCUAAUGGCAAUCCAAAUCCAACAAUAACUUGGCUCAAAGACGGUCGUAUUAUUGAUAUGACCUUUUUGGACAGUAGAUUUAGUAAAGUCGGGUCUACAAGUUCUUUACGAAUUACUAAUAUUAAGGAAGAAGAUGCUGGAACUUAUCAGUGUCGAGCAGAAAAUAGGGAAGAUAGCUUAGAUGCUUCAGCUACGAUUCAGGUUCAAGUGCCUCCUAGGUUUUUAAAGAAACCCCAAGAUAAAACAGAAUUAGCAAAUAAAGACAUUGAGUUAGAAUGUAGUGUGUACGGUCGUCCUGAACCCAAAAUCAGUUGGUUCAAGAACGGAGAAGUUAUCAAUUCUAAUGAAUAUUAUCAAAUUGUCAACGGACACAAUUUGAAAAUAAUGGGACUAAUAGCGACAGACUCGGGGAUUUUUCAGUGUUUUGCCUCAAAUCCAGCAGGGAACAUUCAAGCAGCUGCCAGCAUGAAAGUGAUCAAUCCUGUGCCGAAGAAACCAAAAUCGAGUCGUAAAAAAGUAAAAAAAGACGAACCUCACCAUAAAACUCCGAUUGAUAAAAUGCAGUCGAUCACUCUCUUUUCUCACUUAAAACCUGAAAACUCCGCAAAGUUGGGCGACGUAGACUUUGGUCACUUAGCAUCCCGUAGGAAUUACAUGCAAGACUCCUCCACAUUUUCCGCCAGUCAUAGUGUCUUUGACCCUCACAGAGCUUUUUCCUCAUUGAAAAGUAGCGAGUCUUUCGAUAAUAUUAACUUGGGUGAUACUCAACAUGCUUUCUCCCCUGCCUCCCCUAAACCUUUUAUAGCGGAAACCCCAGUUUCCAAGACAAGUGAAGGAUUACCGGGACCACCUCAGGACCUCAAAGCGCCCAUUGUCAAGGCGAGAUUCGUUACUUUGAGCUGGAAGCCGCCGCUCAUUAAUAAUGAACAUAUCCACACUUACACGGUCUACUACCGACAAGAGGGCAGCGAACGGUGGCGUGUCCAAAACACAAGUCGAUCUCGUCUAGAAGACAUAAAUAUAGGUGGCCUUACCCCUAAUCGAGUCUACCACUUCCGUGUAGCGGCCAUUAACGCGAACGGUACUGGGGUUUCCUCGGAAAGUUUAACUGUGACUACUCAAGCUGAAGAGCAUGUCGCCAGUGCUCCCACACAUUUCGACGCUUAUGCAACCAGCCCGACAAAUAUACACCUGAGUUGGCGACCUCCAGAAGUUCCUAAUGGGAUUAUCCAUCGCUAUAUUAUUUACUAUAUGGAGACGAGCUCAUCUGUGGAGCAUAACAUCGACACAACAGAGUUAAAGUUUUUCCUCGGACGUUUGUCCGUUUUUACUGAGUACAGUAUUUGGAUAGUUGCCGUAAACGAAAACGGUGCCGGGGCUGCCACCGAAGAAAAGAUUAUACGCACUUUUAGCAUGGCGCCUUCCGAAUCACCAUCUAACGUAACAUUAGAACCCUCGAGCACGAGCGUAAUUGUCCGCUGGGAGCCACCACCGAGGGAGUCCCAAAAUGGCGUCAUUACGGGCUAUAAAUUACGAUACAGAAAACAGGGUAAAAAGGGGCAGACGAUAACAACCCCUGCUAAUGAAAGGUGGUAUGUAAUGAAGGAUUUGGAACGAGAUUCCGAAUACCAAAUCAAACUGUGGGCGAUUAACACCAAUGGUACUAGCCCUCCCACCGACUGGAUUAGUGUGGAAACUUACAAAAAUGACUUAGAUGAAAGUAGGGUACCAGACGAACCAGGUCCUUUAAGAGUGCGACCGGCGUCGGAUAAACUUUUCGUGAUGUGGACACCGCCAGUUAACCAGAAUAUAAGAGUCAGAAAUUAUGUUUUGGGGUGGGGGAAGGGUAUUCCAGACAUGUACGAGCAGGAAUUGGACGAAAAAGCGCGGAAUCAUCUUAUCGAAAGGUUGGAAGCUAAUUCCGAGUAUGUGUUGAGUUUGAGGGCUAGGAAUGAAAUGGGAACGGGGCGACCUGUGUACACGACUGUGCGAACCCAGGACGAACCUCCACCGGAACCGUCCCCACCUUUAAUACCACCAAUCGGAUUGAAGGCACAGAUCUUGAGUGCGACUUCGGUGGUUUUAUACUGGACUGAUACUACCUUGAGUAAAAGUCAGUACGUGAGGGAUAACCGCUACUACGUCGUUAAGUACACCGACGAAAAAACAAUGAAAACCCGCCACAGAAACUGCACCGACUUAAACACGAUGAUCGACGACCUAAAACCAAACACGAUGUACGAAUUCGCGGUAAAACUCAUCAAAGGCCGAAACGAAAGUCCCUGGAGCAUGGUCGUCCAGAACGCCACGUGGGAACUGGCACCGAAUGCCGCCCCUCGAGAUCUCGAUGUGCAUUUAAAAGAAGACGAGCCACAGUUCAUCGAAUUGACCUGGCAGCCGCCGAAAACCACAACCGGUAGAAUUACAGGUUAUGUGAUAUUAUACACUGAUAAUAAAACAAAAAGCGAUCGGGAGUGGUUACCGCAAGCGACAAAAGGUGACAAGCAUUCAGCCGUGUUACGUGACCUUAAACCCUCGACGGAGUAUUAUUUCAAAGUUCAAGCACGAAAUAGCAAAGGUUACGGACCCUUUUCCAAUGUCGUAAUAUUUACGACAGGCCCAAAUGUUGGUAUAUUGGCAGCCAGCGCAGGCCAGCAUUUAGAUGGGAAAGGAAUUUUUUCUGGUACUGUCAUUCUAUACAUCUUAAUAGGGGGGUGCGUAGUAGCAGUGACUACGAUAGGUGUCGUGACAACAGUUCUGUGUUGUCGGAGGAGGGAUACUACCACUUCUCCAGACAGAAGUAAAAAGGGUUACCAGAAGGGUACCCAAAAUGUUAAACCACCUGAUUUAUGGAUCCACCAUGAUCAGAUGGAAUUAAAAGCCAUCGAGAAAAGUCAGUCAAACAAUGACGGUGCUAGUAGUAGUGGCGCCAUGACGUUGCCACGAAGUAUGGGUGGUAACGAUUAUGACACCCACGACGCCAUUCACACAAAUUCGUUGGAUCAACGUACCUAUGUUCCUAACUAUAUGGGUGUUUCCCCUGAUGAUAAAAUCAAACGCACGGUCAGGUCUAAGCCAAUUAUUACGUUACCAGUGGACUCCAAGCCUCCAAGAGAACCCAUAGCAACUCCAAUAAACACAACCUCCCUGAGUCAAUCAAGUUCGGACUCUACGCCUUCAAGUAGACCUUCAUAUCCCCGUACUCAGUACAACUUGCCCAGAGCUCACGUAACAGUAGAUUCAUCGCUAUCAAAUGCGCCUUCAGAAAGUCCUUAUGCCUUACAUCCCCCUGGUUGGGUGGAAUCAAACAUUAGUCAACAGCCUGUGGCGGCCCAUGUCACCGCUGGCCCCACCUACGCCCCCGGUUUAGGGGUUUUAGCGGAAUCCCAAGGGGUGAAGCGCCUCCAAACACAAGGACACCCCCUUAAAAGCUUCACGGUACCGGCACCACCGCCGAUAUCAGCGCCUGGUACCCCUCAACCGAAACACAUAGUGCGGCCUAAUUCAUCACCAUUCAAAAAACCCCCUACAAGUAGUUCCAGUACUUUGACGAGUACACCGCCCUCUAGGAUAAAUCCUUCGCAUCCGCCCCCUCACACUGUCGAAGAAGUACAAAGACUGCAACCUUCACAUUCAACCGAGGAGCUCAAUCAGGAAAUGGCAAAUUUAGAGGGACUCAUGCUCACGCUUAGCACAAUCACUGCAAAUCAAUUUGAAUGUUAAGGUGAUAGUAGAAAAGACAUGUAGGCAGCUCGAUAUUAUUUAUUUAUUCAAGUGACUUAAAAUAUGGAAUUCUAGUGUUAAUUUAUACAACUGAGGUGUUCAGGUUACGAAUUGCGAAUGUAAUUUUAUUUAUACGUGAGGCACUAAUUCAAAUCGUGAGUGGUACUAUUAUGUUAGGCGUAAUUUUUAGUUAUCAAAAGAUCUCAUAUACUCGUAAUAUACUUGCCGAACGGCAGAAAUUGGCUGGGCCUACUUUUACAAGCCAUAUAAAUUUUAGAAUAAGUGAUUUUUCUACGGCCAUUUUAUAAGCAAUUUUCUUUUUAUAGAAAACAACGGCUCAAAAUAGUUCCUUUGUAGGAGUCCGAUUUUAUUUUAUUUAGUUGAAUUAUAUGUGAUAUUUUAACCUGACUUUUUCAGAGGAAACUGUCCACAAUUCAGUAUUCUUGCCUUGAUUUCUAGUGGGCAAGCCCAAUUUGAUGUAGUUUAGACUGAAAACGGACUUCAUCGAAAACAUACUCAAUUUGCCCACUAAAUAUCACAAACCCGGUGAUCUCAAUUGGCCUUCUGAAGAUCCCGUGUUGCCAAAUUCGGUAACGUAGAUCACCGUACCGACGAUUUUAUUUAAAUAUUCAAUUAAUGCGAGCUAAACGAGUACAAUCAGUGAAUAUUUAAAUAAAAUGGCGAUGCCAAUUUUUACCUUGUACAUAUUGUUUGUAAAAAGUUUUAUUGUAUUUAUUAAACAAAUCGAUUUUUACAUUUUGUAUUAUUGUACAUAAAAAUGUCAGAUAUAUUUAAAUUUUAUACAUUAGUACUAAAUGUAAUUACGUAAUCUGCUAAAAUGCUUUAAGGCGAUAUGACGAACAUGGAGGAGACAUAUUAAUCUCUGUGUUACAGCAAUAUUUUUUAACCGCGUUUUAGUUUCAGUUAAAAAAUAUGCAUUGAUAUUAAGUUCGGGGGAGUACCUUAGAUGAAAUUAUUGUUAUUAUUUUUUUUGUUUAAGUAACGUACGUAACAAUGUGAUGUGUGAUUAUUAAUUAAUUGGCUAAUUGCAGGCAUGUUUCAAUUUCACUUGCCUUACAAAUUGUUAAUGUAACAUAUUUUACGAAUCUUUUUUACUGUAGUAGUAGGUAGCUACUUACUAUUGUAAUUUAUGUGACUGAUAUUAAAAUAAAAACGAAUAUAUAUCGAAA